AUGGUAAACGCAAUCGAUACGCCGACUGAUACAUUAUUAAAUGUAUCACCACAAGAACUACCAUUAGCUCAAAUAGUUGAAAGUAAUCCGGAUAAUAAAACAAAUCAGGCUGACCAAUUAACAACACAAUUGACAGAAACUGUUAAAAUACCGGAGGCAGCACAAAACAAUGUGGAGGAUCAACGCUAUCAGGAGAAUUCAAAAAUAUUGACUGAAUUACAAGAACGUAUUGAGCGUGCUGAACUUCGAGCCACAGCAGCUGAACCCCGCAUUGUUUCUCUUGAACAAGAUAUUCGAAGCGCAUACGUACAAAUGAAAUCAUUAAUUCAAUCGAAAGAAACAAUACGAUCGAAAGAAGGCAAUUAUCAGAAUAAUAUUGCAGAAUUGCAAGCGCGACUUCAAGCAGCACAACAACGAAGUAGUGAAGCUGAAGGGGAUGCUGGAAAAAUGCAGCAUAAAAUUGAUCAACUUCAAGAAAAACUAGCUAUGGAACGAACGAAAAGUUCUCAAACGAAACAUUAA